AUUGAGCAGAGGGGGCGCAAGAAGAGGCCGAUGUCGCUGUACCGAGGGGCAACCGGAUCGUGCCCUUAGAGAGAUGUAUUCCAUUAGAACUUAAAGAUGGAGCUGGGAAAAGGGAAAUUGCUGAGAACCGGCCUCAAUGCCUUAUACCAGGCCAUCCAUCCUGUGCAUGGGAUUGCUUGGACUGAUGGAAAGCAAGUGAUACUGACUUCUUUAUACCUGCAAAAUGGAGAACCUAAAUUUGGCAAUUCAAAUGUUGUUGGUCAGUUUGAACAUGUCCAUGGACUUUACUGGGGGCCAUCAUGCACUCCAGACGUUCCUGCACUCCUUGCUAUUCAGCAUAAAAAACACAUCACCAUGUGGCAACUGUGUUACAGCAUUUCUGAAAGAAACAAACUGAUGGUUUACCAAAUUAGUGAAAUUAGUGAGCUGUUUCCUAUACUCCCUCAGGGCUGUGUGUGGCAUCCCAAAAAAGAAAUCUUGGCCGUGCUUACGACACGGGACACUUCUGUACUGCACUCGGUUCGCCUCAACAACUCCAGAAUAAAAGCGGAUAUUAAAGGCACUGGUCUCAUUCACUGUGCUUGUUGGACUGAGGAAGGCGACCGUUUGGUGGUUGGGAUAGGCAGUGCCCUCCAUUCCUAUAUUUGGGAUGAUGAACAGAAAACUUUAUGUGCCUGUUCUUUUUGCCCAGUAUUUGAUGUGGGAGGCUAUGUCUGUGCAAUUGAAGCAACGUUGAAUUCUCAAGUGGCUGUUGCUACUGAGCUUCCGCUAGAUAAGAUAUGUAGCUUAAAUGCAGGCAUUUCAUUUGAAAUGUCAUCUGAGGUUGUCGGAAACUCUGUUCUCUCGCAAACUACCUCAUUGGGCUGUGAAGAAGAGCCCUCUGUUGAUGGUGGAAAAAAGCUAUCAGACCAAGACAAACCUAGGCCUGUUGUAAAUUCAGCAUCUUCACCUGUAGAUUUGACCCAUCUCCCUCCCAGCAAACAGCGAUCGGAUAACAAUCCUCUCAUUCAUCUGAGACCCAAGGAUUACCUAACAGGAAGCGGCCAAGAUGCUUCACACCUGAUCUUGGUGACUUUUGAAAGAAAAGUGACCGCUACGAAAAAGGUGAGCAUCCCUGGCAUCCUGGUCCCAGAUAUAAUGACUUUCGACUCUAAAACUCAGACUGUGGCCGUAGCCUCCAACACUUGUAAUAUAAUCUUAGUUUACGCUUUAACUUCAUCUCAUUUGCCUAACAUUCAACAGAUUCAGCUGGAGAAAAGUGAGAGGCCAAAGGGCCUAUGCUUCCUGACAGAUAAGCUGUUGCUGAUAUUGGUUGGGAAACAGAAAUUAACGGACCCUGCUUUUCUUCCAUCUUCACGUUCAGACAAGUACAUUCUCCGUUUAAUGAUCAGAGAAAUUGUGGGCAAAGAAGGUUCUUCUGCAUUUUCAGGCGCUACCCAGGUUUGCUUUACAAAUGUAUCUGUGAAAAGAGAGACCAUCGAAACUCAUUCUUCAGACACUCUGAGCGAUGGAUUGCUGCUCCCAGGCUGCACCAUUAUCCAGUCUCCUCGAAAUGGAAGAAAACUCAUAGAAGAAAUUAAGAGCCCUGCUAAUGAGCAAAACCUGUUGAUGAGUGUGGCUGACUCCAAAGAGAAAAGGGUUUCCAAGGAUUUCUCCCAGGUCCUGGAAACUUUGGAUGUUGAGCCAACAAAUCGUUCGUUGGUUCUUCAAGGACUUGAAACCUCUUCAGGAUUGUCGAACAUAACAGUUUCACAAAACAAGGAGGUGCAUAGUUCUCGUGAAAGUUCGCAUUCCUCAAAACCUAGCCUAUUGCGCAGUGAAAAAGAAGCCAGUUACAUUUCUAAAAAUCUAGAAAGACUGUGCAGCAGCUUUUCAGAACUGCAACAACAGCUUUUUGAGGUAACUGAACUCCUGAAGUGUGGAAAAAGACCUCUACUACGAUACCCAUCUUCUCGUGAACCUUCUUUUGUGAACGUCAUUUACCAGAAGGAUUCUUCUGGAACGGCUACAUCUGAGAAGCGAGCUGUUAUCCUCUGUGAUGGCAAACUUCGUUUAAGUGUAAUCCAGCAGAUUUUCAAUUUGUGUCUCGUUGAAAUGCAGCAUGAUUUGUCCUGGAUUGUUCUCAGUGCAGACAAUGAAGGUUUUAUUCCACUAACGUUUGAUGCUCUGCAGGAGAUAGUCAUAAGAGAUGCCAAUGCCAACUCCAACUGUAAUGAUAGCAGCACUAAUACUUCCAAAACACUGGACGCUGUCAGUUCUACAGGUGGAUACAGGAAGCUCUCCUCCCAAAGUGUGGAUCUCGCUACCAGUUCUACAGAAGUACUGGGAGAACGUUCUUCCCAGAGCCUAGUAGAGAGCAACAAUUCUUCAGGCAUAAACAGCACCUCUUCACAACCAAGCUAAAGUGGUUCAGCCCAGACUGUUUCAUUGUCAGUUAGGAUUGAAACCUUUCACUGUGCAUAAUUAAAGUUGCAUUUUCACUGUAUGUUGUGCAUUGUAUGAUAUUUCAGCGUGCUGUAGAUCUUGCUAUGUAUGGCCUGUUUGUUUUAUCACAAACUGCAGGUCGUUUCAGCAAGCAACCAUCCUUAAAUUAUUCACCUGGUACAGUUUGUGGACCAGGUUGGCAUGUUUACUCAGUCUCUUCAAGCUUUUGUAUUAAGUUGACUCAACAAAUGUAUGUUUUAAAUUAUAUCACCAAUCAUGUUUCUCUACUAACACAAAGUUAAAUAUUAGCAAAAGCAUAAAAGUCGGGGUGGGGUAGGGUUAGCCUUAGGAUUUACUCAGGCAAAGUCUCAGUAGCAUGAAUGUAUGGAUGUUGUUUCUAGUGAUUCUAGAAGUAGAAAACAAAACUGGGUCAUAUUUAUUACUGUGUCAUAAAACGAAAUCCUGCAGCUGCAGUUUCUGCAUCUUUAUACUAAUGCAAAUUUGUAUUUUACCCGUGCCUGUUGAGAAUGCUAUGCACUUGAACAAUUUUAGAUUGAUUUUCAGAAUUCGUCACUAGUUAAUACCAAAGUCCUUCAGAUGAUGCUAGCACCUGCAUCUAAACUUAACCACAUCUCAACCUAGUCUUCCAUCAAGUGUCCAAAAGACAAAUUUACAGCAUGCAUGCACAGAAGAUAAAUAGCUCUAAGCUAUAAUCAAAAUAAUAAAUUCAUUUCAUUCAUAACAGCUAUGAAGGCUGUUUGCUGACAA